UAUACGUUAGUUCAAACAGUAACAUUAAUAUCACACUUAUUUAAAAUAGAAACAAUGAAUACAACACUUAUCUUUCAUAGAGUAUAGAGUAGACAAGACAAAACUACUCUACCUACUCUACUAGCAUUGCCCGUGGUUGCUUAACCAAUAUAAUCUCGGGGAAUUCUGAUAAAAGCUUAUUACUCCUAAUGUUACAAUUGAAUUGGUGGAUUAUAACCAUCACAAUAUCACAAAAACCGUGAGUGACAAAAAUCCUAAACAACGGGAGCGCUUCGGCAGCAGGGGACCGGUUGAUUCUUUACACAAAUUUUCAAUGUGUUCUGGAAAUGGUUUGCAAAGAGGACGUGGUAUCAUGGUUUAAAGAAUUGGAAAGUUAUAAACGCAUAGACGCAAUGUGUACAUUGUUAAAUAUGUGCUUGCCAUUUGAACUACGUUUCAUUGGCACAUAUCUCGAGGAGCUCGGGAAGCGCGACUUCCAAGAGUUGCGUGGUGCCGAACUUCGAGCAAACAAUCCUUCAGACUUGGCUGCAGACAUUGGUGGCGCAAACACAGAUCCCCGAACACGACGGAAAAUGGCUUUGUACGUGUCACUAUUACGAUCGUGCAACUUCGCAUGUGCAACUACAUUAUACAAUGCCAUGGUCAGUUUGGAGAAGAGUGGUUUGUUGAAAGGUUUAUAUGGUGAUCUCUUGGAAGAAAUUUUAUUACUAUAUACCAUGGCACUUCACCAUCCUGCAUUCACAUUUGAUCAAAAGUCACAUUUUGGUGAAAUAUUAGAUAAAUUGAAAGUAGAAGACCAGCGGUGUCAGUUCCAAGAGCAGACAGAACAUAUGAAUGUGGCGCAAGUGAGCAGUUGUCACGCGCAACCCACUGUCGCGCCGAACAUGUCAGUGCCCCCACCAGCCCUCUCCAGCUUAGGGCCACCACCAAACAUCAUGUAUGUCAAAUCACCCGGGGUACAGCCUCAAAGCUCAGAAGGUAUACCUCCGGAACUCAGUUCACCACCAGUCCUGAGCGGGGCUGGUGGGGCAGUUCCAAUGCUAGGGGAGGUCACACACCCACCGCCAGGCUUGCCAUUACCACAGUACAACAUGGCAGAGUACAUGGGACAACAUCCAUGGCCUGCCAACAUCAUUGUCUCACCACUAACUCAGCCUAUUGAGGUUAUAAACUACCCGGUAAACGCGGGUGCGAGCACGGGCGCGGGCCCGCCGACGUCGCCGCUGGUGUCGUCGGGCGCGGACUCGCGCGCCGGCUCGCCGCGGCGGCGCCGCCCGAGCCGCGAGCGCUCGCCGCCCGCGCUGGCGGCCGCCAUGCCGCCGCCGUCCGAACAGCAGCUCCCGCAUCUCACGGCUAACUUUGACAAUCUCUCCGUUAAUGAGAUACGACACACAAUGGACGACAGGUUACGUGAAAUAAGCGCAAUGCAGCAACAGUACCGGUCGCUGGAGAAGCUGAACGGCGUGCGGAGACGGGCGGGCGCGUACCUGCCGGCGCGCUCGUCGUCGGACUCGGGCUCCAGCGCGGCGUCCAGCCCGCCCGGCACGCCGGCGCCGGCGCCGCGCCGCGCGCCGCCGCCCGUGCCCUACCUGUACCCGCGCCAGUACGGCUACCCGCCGCCGCCGCCCGCCUACCGCCCGCCGCCGCCGCCCUUCGCCAACGGCGAGCCGCCGCCCUACCCCGCGCCCCAGCCCUACGGCGCCUUCGUGCCCGUGCUGUACGCGCCGCCCAAGCUGUCCUGCUGGAACUGCGGCGCGGCCGGCCACGCGGGCCACGAGUGCAAGGAGCCCAGCAUGGAGGAGAUCACGCGCGCGGGCGGCUACCAGCUGGACUUCGGCGCGCCGCCGGAGCCCGCCGACAAGUAGCCCCGCCGCCGCCAACGGCGACAGUGACUUACCAAAGUGUCAGGGUGGCGGACGUUCGCGAUCCACCGCCGUUCUCGCGCAGUUCGCGCGGCCAAGUGUGUUGUACGGGGCAAGGGCGGUUCUUGCGUACAAAGAUUCCCGCGUCGAUGGCCGUCCGGUCGUUACGUGUCGGGAUUUGAGAACGGUCAUUAGAUAUGAAUAAUGUUUAAGAGUAAUUGCACUUUUGAUUUAUCCGUUUAGAGCGGACCGAAUCGAUUUGGAAAAAAUCUUUAGUUUAUCAGAUCAAACUACAGACUGCAUAAUAUUUCUGUAUUUAUAGGCAUUUUGAUCUGUAACUGAUGUGCUAUUCCUGUAUAAGAAUGUGUGAUUGUGCCGAUUGGUGAAGAUGGGUAUUGAUAAUUGAGAUUUUGCUGAUAAUCUUGCGUUCACCUAAUUACUGAUAGUCUUUUUUCAUUUCAUCUUCAUCUAUGGGACCAUUUUCGUUCAAUUGAUUGCAUGUACAUAUUUUCUUUGCUCAGUGAACUAAAAGUUUUAGGUUAGUGACAAAAAUGUAAGUAUAAUGUUUUUUUUAGACAGCUAGGAGGCAGAGACACUUUGCAAUCGUUUUUCACAAUCAGUUUUGCACAUUAUAACCAGUCCAAAUUAAAAGUGCAAUUAUGAAUAGACAUCAUUUUUAUAUUUGAAAUUCCGUAUAUUAGAUAUUUUGGAUACAAAAAUGACAGCAGCAUCUAUCUAGUUGUACAGUCUAUUUUUUGCUAUGUUCACCAAAACAAAGCAAAAUGAAUAUCUCCUAAUCGUCUUUUUUAACUGGAAAACAUCCAAUCAAAUUGAAUAAAAAAAAUACUGCUUACGUAAAAUUAGUAAAUUUGUUUGCAUUGUAUUGUGUGUGCCAUAUUGAAAGAAUUCUGUUGAAAAAAAGACUGUCUCACAUACACAUACCCCGGUGAAAAAAUCUCAUAACUAGCAUUUAUGUUGAUCAGUAGUUAAUAAUUUACAUUAAAGUAGAAAACAAACAACCGUCAAAUCCCCAACGAUCUCAAUCUGUCAGUGAUUUCAUUUAAAGAUUGUCUGAUCGUUACCUGAUUCACUAACAGCACCUACUCAAACCUAAAUUUGAAAAAGACUGGAAAAUAUCGUUUCAUAUUUUGAAUUAUGUAAAUGUUCCAUUGAAAUCAUUAUCUAACCAUCGUGACAUUUUAGUACAUCGCUAUUAGUACAAGUCUACAUUUUAUAAGCAGUUUUAAUGUCGAUUUUUUUUUUCAUAUUCUUUGUGCCAAUCGAUAAACGGCGCAUUCACAUAGAUGAAGAAGUUGUUAUGAUUUGGUUACUCUUUUUAUAACUCCGCAAGUCCAUUUUAAUUAUUUUAUUUGAGACGAUAUGAGUGUGACCAUAAUCUCGUAUAGAUUAUGGUUUCGGACAUUGCUUCAUAUUACAGAAUGUACAUUCAGGAAUACAUAUUUUAAACUACAAUUUUUAUAUGACAACAAUAGGAGUAACCAUUAAUUAUUGAAAAUAUUCAUGAAAGUGUUUAGUAACAGCAUUUAUUUGCAACUUUCGAAAUUUGUAAAUCUUAGGUAUAUUUGUAAAACAAACCAACAUUUCGAAAUAUUUUUCUUUAACUAUAUAGGUUUCUAAAUAAGAUAUUAUUAUUAUUGAUAUAAAAAUGUGUUGUGUUGAUAUCUAAAUAUUUGCUGCUGCCUUUCAUACAAUUUGUGGUAUAAAAUCGUACAAAACUAGGAAAAUCUAGACACCGCAUACUAAUUUUGUUACCAAUACAAUUAUUAAAAUACCUGUAACACAUCAAUCCAAAUCAAAAAUUGUAAAGGACUCCACAGCAGUAACUAAGGUUCUAAACCGGGCACAAUAUGCGGUAGAAUGUUGAAGAAGAUAAGGAGUAAUAACCGUGCUAUUUGAAAUUAUUUCAUAACUAUAUCGCAUUUUAAAGUGCCCAACUACCAAAAAUAAUGGUUUAUACCUUCUUUUGCGAAGUUCUUUAUAAUGUAAAAAACGCAGAAUAGCGAAAAAACCUUUUUGGGGUAUGCAAUAAAAUUUAAUAGAACUUAACUUUCCAGUUACUUAAAAAGUAACGUUCGUUUUUAAUUUUCUGCUUGUCUCAGUAUAAUCCAGUCCAUUAAAGAAAUAAGUUGUAUUUAUAGAAUUAGUUUGUCUAAGGGCAUCGUUAUGUAUCUGAGAACCUUCCUACGACUUGUUGCGAAUAUGUAUGUAUAUAGGACCAGAUUUGCAGUGAAUUAAAAACGCAUGUAAAUAUACGUUGUACAUGAUUUUCCAUAAGAAUUAAAUACUAUAUCUUGGAAAGCCUUUAAAUAAAUUAUAAAAAAAAAACAAAAAAAUUAAAUCAUGAAUUUUUUUUAGUGAUUUGACGGUAUACAAUGCGCGACGGCUGACAUUUUGAUAGAGAAGUUUAUUUUUCUGUCAAUUGCCUUGUAACAUUCAUAUUGUCGUGAGUGUUUUGAUACAAAAUGUAAAAAUCAAAGAAUAGAAAAAAAAAGCGGACCUAAAUGGUAUAUUCAAUAGUAAAUUUUGAGGACGAAACAUGUACUGAAUGGUUUUCUUUGACCCAAGACUGAUUUUUAAUAAUAGCGAUUGAUUCGGCUUUCGAUAUUAUGAAUUUGUCUAUCUUGAUAAACGAAUAGACUCGUACAAAAGUUGGUUUCCAAACUGUUGUUUAUUACUAAGAAAUGUUGUAUUGUGAUGUAAUUAAAUGAAAAUUAAGCACGCAUCGAUGAAAUAUUCAGAGGGUAGUGACGUAGUCCACCACUAUGAAUGUUUGUAAUAUUGUGCGCCACGCACGAUCAGGUUUAACUGAAAAGUUUAACAGUAAAUCGUUUACUGAUAACUCAAUGUCAUCCUAGACAAAAACUGACAGCGUGUUGUGACCCACGAUCGGUUUGAAACGAGAGUGAAAAUGUAUGAGUUAAACUUUUAAUUAAAACUGUUCGUUAAAAUCGUCAUCGCAUACACGAGUACAUAUUAUAGUUCUAUAGAACGUAUGUACGAGUUGAACUUUAUUGCUUAAGGAAUUUACAGUUCCAUAGAACGAAUAGGAAGUACCCCUUUUCUGUACCACUUUGAUUAAACCAUUUUGAGUCUAUUGAACAAGGGAUUAUUUUGAUCAAGCUCAUCAUUGCAAUGCUCUUUUAAAAUUAAUGUGUAUACCUAAUAGUCAUUGUAAAUAGUUACAAAUAUGUAAGAGAGUGCACGCUAACUUUGACGUGAACGUAUUGUGUAAAUAAUUCAGUUUAUAUACUUAGUUAAUAUUUAGAGAUUGAGUAUAUUUGUAAAUUACCUUGUAAUAUGAGUGUCCCUAUAGGAAUAAUAUUUGAGUGUUUCUGUACGAUCACUGUCACAAAUCACAAUUUUGCAUUUUUAAAGUUCCCGUUUUUAUCAAUAUUUCAAAUUAGAAGGCUUGUCUUUGACGGCGUAAAUUAUAAUAACCAGUGUUUUUGGAACUUUACGGAUGCGUGUCACAGUUGGGGGGAGGACCGGUACUGGCUGUGGCCGAGCCGUUAGUGGCUUAUCCAAGUAAUCUUCGAAUAACAUCCUUCACACUCCAAAGUUCUGCUCACGGCGAGAAAUGAAUUUUCUUCAAGUUUUCAAAGAUUUGCUUUAAAAGGCAAUGAAUUUUAUGAAAUAUUCAAUGCAGUAUCAUAUUUUAUAAGUCUACAUAUCACAUAGUGUAUCCUGUAGUGGAUAUUAAUGAAUCGUCUCGUUAAAAGUGGUAGCAUAUACGGUUUUUUGCUUUUUUAUAGCUAACAAUCACUAAAUUAUGAGAAUACAAGUCAUCAUAGCAAGUUAACAGAAUAUUCAUUUGUUGCCACGAGCUUUUCCAUCGAUGCCAUAGGAGUAUGUAUGUACUUGUAAGUAAAGCAUGGGACAAUUACUAUAAAAUCUAGGUACAUAUUAUUUUGAUAGCAUCCCUUAUAAAGGUUGUAUGUCCACAUAAAGUAACUAUUGUCUUAUUUAUAUUAAUUUUAUCAUGAUAUUUAAAAAAAGUUGGAAUUUAGAGUAAACAUAAGAAACAUAACUUAAUAAUAGUAGGUAUUCUAUUUUGUACUAUGCCUAAUACUAGCGCAGUCUCGCGUGACUACAAUACCUACAAACUGCAUAUCAUCUCAAUACGAAUGAACUCAGUGACUGCGAGCAGUAUUCGACUUUUUUUAGAGAUGGCUCUGGACAUAAAGGAAAUUCAGUGGCGAAUUGUUUCAAGUCUUCGAAAUUCUGUGAUGGCGCUUGUGCAUAAUGUGCAUGUCUAUUUUCGCUACAUAAAAUACGGGAUAUCGCAUAGCACACGUAGCGACGCUUGACAUACAAUGGCCCAAUUACUAAAUUUUGAAGUCGACAUAUAUGCUCAAAGUUGAUGACUGCUUUUGUUUUCGCGCUUCCUCUAAUCACCAACUUUUCGCCAGAUGUUUAAUAUUUCUAAUGUCUAAGCGUAUGGCAAUCAUUUCUGUAAAUCUAGAGACUCAAUUCAUGUAAGCGCUUCACUACUGCAAUUUUAAAGUUGUUGGUUGCUAUGCUAUGCAGUUUUAUUUUGUACUAGUAGAAGUAUGAAAAUAUUUUUUUACGUUGUACAGAAGGUUAUAAAUGUGAUAAAAUAAUUUUUGACAUAAUUAGAAAAUGUGAUUUAGUAAGGUGUGUAGAUUAUUAUAACGGAUGUAAAAGAACUCGCUUUACUAAAUUUAUUGUACCGAUUACCUACAGCUAAACGUUGUUUUCCCACAUUUUAUAUUUGGGUACUUAUUAUUCUAAGCUGUUGUAAUACUAAUAAAAAAAUAUAUUUUCAGGAAAAACAAUGUUUCGGCCCAGUAUUGUAUGUCCUAAUUCCCCACCAAUGCUGUGAACCAUUCGCUUCCUGAGAAUUAAACAACCAAAAUAUGGA